AUGGGCGUCACCUGGAAAACUAUUUUACGUUGGGAUACAGGAUAUAGCGCCGACUCAGUCGAGUGGUGUCCUUUGGAGCCCUAUAGAAAUUUUCUCGUAUGCGGCACAUAUCAGCUGGAUAAGAAAAACGAAGAACAGCAGGACACGAAACAGAAAAGAUUGGGCAGAAUACAUUUGUUUAUGGUAGAUACAAAUACUAAAGAGUUAUUUCCCAUACAAACAAUUGACACCUCUGGGAUAUUAGACCAGAAAUGGUGCCACCAUCCUAUACAGAACUACCCUGUACUGGGUGUGGUCACGUCAGAAGGCUUCAUACAGCUUUAUAGAUUGCACACAGUGAACGAUUCCGUAGAAUUGAAGUUGUGGACACAAGCUAGUAUUGGGCAGGGCAUUUUAGCUCUUUCACUGGAUUGGUCGAGUAACAAGAUCCAUGUUCUUGAGCCAAGUAUAGCGGUUAGUGAUUCAGCGGGAAAUGUAAAGAUCUUGAAAGUAGUCGGUGACAGUUUAAGAGAAAUCGGUGCAUGGAAAGCUCAUGGGUUCGAAGCUUGGAUUGGCGCCUUUAAUUUUUGGAAUAUGGAUAUUUUUUAUUCGGGCGGUGAUGACUGUCUUUUCAAAAGUUACGACAUAAGAGUACCAGAUGCAGUGAUUACCAACAAGAGUCACGAAGCCGGAGUCACUGCAAUCAGAAGUGACGUAGAGAAUGAACACCGCCUCUUGACUGGCAGUUACGAUGAAAAGGUGCGGUUAUGGGACGCCAGAAACCUGAGAAAAUGCAUCACGGAGGUAGACGUCGGUGGCGGGGUAUGGCGACUUAAAUUCCAUCCAUGUGACAGUAGCGUGGUUUUAGCUGCUUGCAUGUACGGCGGUUUCCGUGUACUACGGAUCGAUAAACAAGUGUCUGUAAUUUGCGAGUAUUUGGAACAUGAGAGUAUCGCCUACGGUGCGGAUUGGAAGGUCGAGAAGAACUCUUCAACCGUUGCAACUUGCUCAUUCUACGAUUGUAAAAUGCAUAUUGGCAAAAUUGUUUUAGACUAA